AUGACCAAGCCACAAAUCAUCGUGAAGAUACCACCAUCCUCGGAUGCGGAGGACAAAACUCUCGUCUCAACCCUAACUGAUAUCGUCAACACUGCCUACAAAAAAGCCGAGUCCGAUAUCUUUGUCCCAUCAUACCAACGAACCUCCACCGCCGAAAUCACCAAAUUUCUAAGCAACGGCCAGCUUGCUGUCGCUUACCUACAACCCAACGACGAGCCCAUUGGCUGCGUUUUCAUCAAACUCAUAACACCCGCCCUCGGAGAGUUCGGAAUGGCGACAAUUGGUGGUUUUUGCGGAAGAUGA